AGGCACCGAGUCUCCCUGGACCAAUGCAACUUACUUUACACUGCCUUGGCCGCUUUCUUGGGCCCUUCCCAAUCGGAGCACUCCCUGCUUUGUUAGUAGAAGCUAGGACUUGGUACCUGGGAGAGGUAAGCCUGUGACGCUCAAAAUAUCCACGCGAGGCGUGUUUGAGUUCGACGGCUGUUCCCUUUCUCCUGCGUUUGUGGCUUGCGCGCUAGCUUCAUCGAGCCGAGACGUUGGUGAUCGAAUCAGAUCGCGCCGCUUGCGACCCCGAGUAGUCUUCCGCCAGCCCUGUCUUCAAAAUGUACUCUUUUCGAUAGCGUAGUCUGCACGAAGAUCUGGGAACUCAAAUUGUGGAAAUGAUUACUUUCAGUCAACACCGGGGUUCCAGCUCACGACAAAGAAAGCUGGAGUCAUAUAAUAGAGCCAUCUCGACAUCCAUGUUUAGACCGACGACGAGUAUCAACAACAGAGUUUACUAUCCUUAACUGUUCGCAAUGUUCAAUAAACAUUCUUUCCUCGUCACGAUCCUUGCGCCGCUGCCUUUCUGCGCAUCCAUUCCUUUGGCUGCCAUCUCUCUUGAAACCGCACCUGAUCUCCCCUACACUUGGGAGUACAAAGGCUGCUACAUCGACCGCGUUGGCAACCGCGCCCUGAAACGCGCCGCAACCAGCGAUGUUGAAAUGACCGGCGGCCUCUGCUCGCGGUGGUGCCUCGAGCAAGGCUUCAAUGUCGCCGGCACAGAAUGGGGCCGCGAGUGCUACUGCGGCUUCGAACUCAACAAGCCCGUCCUGACCCGCGAUGCCGACUGCUCCAUGCCCUGCUCCGGCUGGCCCGGCGAGGCCUGCGGCGGCUCCCAGCGCAUCACCGUCUACGAAACCCUCUCCGGCAACCCGCCCACCACUAACCCCGGCACCCCCGGCUUCCCCUCGCUCGGCUGCUACACAGACUCCACCGCGCAGCGCGCGCUCCCCGUCAAGGCCGGCUACGAGGGGGGUCUGAACGUGGCGAAGUGCACGGCCGCGUGUGCGGCGCAGGGCUUCGGGCUCGCGGGCGUUGAGUACGGGUCGGAGUGCUACUGCGGCAACGCGCUGGAACACGGAUCCCGCCUCGUCGCCGGCGACGGCAGUGCGAGCGGGUGUGAUUUCACGUGCUCCGGCGCGCCGGCGGAGUUCUGCGGCGGCUCCAACCGGAUGAACUUGUAUGGCGCGUUUGCGAGUGUGGUGCCGUCGUCAUCGGCUACUCUGGUGCCAUCGUCCACGCCGGCGGCAUCGUCUACUCCAGCGGCGUCGUCGGCCCCAGUUCCACCCGUCACCUCCGCGCCAGCGUCAACACCAACACCAACACCAGCCCCAGCCCCAGCGGCCCCAGACGCAGGCUCGUCUUUCCCCGCCCUCCUGAUCCCAACAUCCGAGGCACUGGCGCCGUCAAAUACCACCGUCCCCUCGACAGUCGCUUCAGCUGCGCCCGUAGCCGCUUGAAGUACCGUGGAACCCGAGGAGGGAAGGGACGGGAAUGUAACGCGAGAAGAAGAAAGCAACGAGCUUUCGACACGUCAUGUCUUGCGCUCAGCAACCGGGGUUUCACGGAUGCUGGUAUCGUUUCUGUGUGCUGGGGUUUC